AUGUUCUGUGGCAAGCUGACGGACACGGCCGCGGAACACCUGCCGCGGUGCGCCGCUUUGCAAUCCGUCGACUUCGCGUGGUGUGGCAAGCUGACAGACAGGGCCGCGGAGCACCUGGCGCGCUGCGCCGCUUUGCAAUCCGUCACGUUCCCGGGGUGUGGCAAGCUGACGGAUAGGGCCGCGGAACACCUCGCGCAGUGCGCCACUUUGCAAGCCGUCAAUUUCGAGGGAUGUCGCAAGCUGACAGCCAGGGCGGCGGAGCACUUGGCGCGCCGCGCCGCUUUGCAAUCUGUCAAAUUCGUGGCG